AUGGCAGCGCCGAAUUUCGUCACUGCAUUUCCGCUCGAGACGGGCGCGUUGCCUGCCAGCGACGCUCUCGAGACACCUCAUGUUACUGUCGACGCGCCUUCACCAACCCAGCAUUUCCUUGCCGCGAGAUCCUGGGCUGACCCGUCGAAUUGCGUCGACGAUUAUGCGGACACCGAGUCGCAAUGCGAUCAUCUCCAGACCGAGGUCAACUCGUGUGUGUCAAUGCUUGAUGCCGGCAAUGGCAAUCUGCACGAUUCUCGAUUCGUAAACUGUUUCUGCGUCGCAGAUAUCUACACCGACCUAGUCAAGUGUCAAAACCAGCAUCGGUUAUGCUUGCGGGAUUUCGUCAUGGACCAUCAGUUCCGGCAUUAUCAGGACCAGUGGAAGACUUUUUGUACGAGCGAGCUCGGUUCAGUGGAUGUGACCGAGCCCCCUCUCAUCACCCCGGAGCCAGUGACCUCGUUCAAGAACGGCUGCUCUUACAUCAAGUCAGCCUGCAACCGCUACAGCCAGUACACAUCCGAUUGUCAGUCAUUCUUCGCUCAGUCGUCGUGCUACUGCCAAAGCCACGUCGUCCAGAUGGAGUCAAUUUGCUCCGUCGACGGGAUAGCCAUGUGCUCGAAGUCAAAGAUCGAGGACGCCUCGACAAUAUGGGGUUACGCAUCGUGUAACGGAUGGAAAUCUGGAGAAAGCUCCUUUGCUAUUCCGACAUGGGCCUUUGCCGACGCCAAAGUCGAUCCGCCAAGGACCGUCCCGUUUGCGGCUUUCCCAUUAACAUAUAACGAUGUUCCGACUCCGAGUGCAGACCCACCCACCGAUGGGGCAUCGGCUGCGGCAGGAAACCAGAUUUUCCUGAUAUUCUUGGCUCUUCAGCUGCUCUUACUCUUAUGA